AUGGUGACGUUGAAGGUGGUCGCCCGGCGCCGUGCCAAGCAAGAUGCACUGCGCACGACGCCCCACGACCUGUCGGCAGAACGGUCGGACUUGGGGCGCAUGCACUUGCAAGCAUUGGAACUACACGACAAGAAGCUCAGGUUGAGCCACCAAGGCCAUACCGACGACGGCGAUGCCAUCACGUCGUCGGGUCAUGUGCUGUUGGAAACGGACGAGUCGAUCAUUGCGAUGAACCAACGACUCAUCCGAGAGCGGAAUGCGCUCAUCCGGGAGAAAGAAGUGUGGCAAUCCCAGCUUCACACCCAACACACGAACCUCCAGGAGGUGCUCCAAGCAACUCGGCUGCUCAAGCUGAAGAUUCAACACAAUCAGAAACCCGUCGACGGCUGCCCUGCCAUCGCCACACCGACUGCGCCUACGUCCCCCGCGACGCUAUAA